AUGGCUGCACAAGCAAAUCAAUCGGCAUCGUCGGCAAGCGUUCUAGUAGCGAAAUGGGAUUCUCGAUACGCAGGCCAUGUUCCUCACGAUCUGUCCUACUAUUCGAAAUGUGUUCUCGGUGGUAUUCUUGCUUGUGGACUUACACACACAGCCAUCUGUCCGCUCGAUGUAACAAAAUGUAACAUGCAAGUUAAUCCUGAAAAGUAUAAAGGUUUAGUAAAGGGUCUUCGAUUGAUUAUUGCCGAAGAAGGAAGUCAAGCUAUUUGGAAAGGAUGGCUACCAACAUUUCUUGGUUAUUCAGCACAAGGAGCAUUCAAAUACGGUCUCUAUGAAGUUUUCAAAGAUCAAUAUGCGAAUAUACUUGGCAAAGAAAAUUUCGAAAAAUACAAAGGUCUUGUUUGGUGUGCUGCAUCAGCUUCAGCUGAAGUGUUUGCUGAUGUUGCAUUAUGUCCAUUAGAAAUGGUUAAAGUGAAAGUACAAACAGCACCCAAGGGUACAUUUCCAACAGCAUUCGGUGCAGCAUGGUCGCAGAUGAGUGCUCAGCGAGCAGAAACUGGCUUUCCAUACCGAUCACUUGUGCCAUUAUGGUCUCGACAAGUGCCAUAUACUGUCGCAAAAUUUUUCUUCUUCGAAAAGGUCGUACAACUGUUCUAUACAUAUGUGUUUACAAAACCGAAAGAAACGUACUCGAAAACUACACAACUUGGAGUGACAUUUUCGUCAGGGUAUACAGCUGGUGUUAUCUGUGCUAUUGUAUCACAUCCGGCUGAUUCGCUUGUUUCUCUUCUUGGUAAACCAGCUAAUAAGGGUAAAAGCUUAGGGCAAAUUAUUAAUGAAACAGGCUUUGCCAAACUUGCUACCAAGGGUCUCGGUACACGUAUUCUGAUGAUUGGUACAUUAACUGGCCUUCAAUGGUGGAUCUAUGACACUUUCAAAACAGCAUUGGGCAUGGGAACAACCGGUGGCAAAUAA